CUUCGUUCGAGGUGCUCAUCGCUGAGUCAGCAUCGUGAACCUCCAGUAUCGGGUACUUCGUCUUGACUUCGUACUACUUCGGUUUCUAUGCCACUGGCAGGCAACUGAAAUCUAUCAGUGACUACACAAGAUACGCCAUGACAACACUCCCAGCGUCCGUAGCUAUUGUUGGAGCCGGACCCGGCGGCCUCACCGCUGCGAAAGCCCUCCUCUCCCUUCCCAACCAUGCAUUUCGAGUCACCAUCUUCGAGCGGCAGAGUCGCGUCGGCGGCAUGUGGGCUUUAUCACGGACGAGUAGCCUGAGCGAGGGCAAAGUGAGCAAGGAGAUGAUGACGAAUUUAAGCCGCUUUACCGACGCGUUUUCCGACUUGGCCUGGGAAAAUGUCGAGUUGGAUUCCGAUCAGACGAACGGUAAGCGGACCGGCCAGAAGGUCGAGCCUCCGAUGUUUCCAAGAGCUUGGCAGGUAGGACGGUAUUUGCAGGAGUACGCAAGGCGGUAUGUCCCGGAGGAGGUGGUGAAGUUAAACUGCGAAGUAGUCAACGCCGACCGCGUUGAUGAAGCGGGCUCGAUGAAGUGGAGGGUCAGGUGGCAGCAUCCGCAUACAGAUCCUAUCACCGAGGAUUCAGUCACGGUGGACGAAUCCUGCGGGCUAUUCGAUUACCUGAUCAUCUCUUCGGGAUUCUUUGACAAACCCAGACCUUUACUACUCAAGGACCACUUUCCAGCCAGUGGAUACGACGCCAGUGUUGGGGACGUGAAGAUAAUCCAUAGCACGGCUUUCCGCAGCCUGGAAAGCAUCCUACCCAAUGGAGUACCAUCCUCUGGAAAAAUCGUGGUUAUAGGAGGGGGCAUGUCUGGGGCUGAAGCUGCUGCAAAUGCCGCCUUUUUCCUCUCAGAUGCUGCAUACUCAUCUCCAACCACCUCCUCCAAAGCAGAGCUAAGGGAGUCGUUGGGCUCUCGUAAUGGUAUUCAAAUCCACCAUGUGGCCAGUAGGCCGUUCUACAACAUGCCUAGAUAUCUCUCGGUCCCCCGACCGUCCUCUGAGAAGGCUUCAGAACAGGCCUUCCCAUCCUUCUUACCAGUUGACCUCGUCUUCUAUGAUCUAUCACGCCGACCUGGCAACACUAUAUCUGCGAAUACGGGUCGAGUGCCGCCAGAGACGACGAAGUCCACGCACCGGUUCUUGCGGAGCUUCGUGGGCGAUCAAUCCGAUCUGAGCCAGGCUCUUGUCGCAACUGAAGAAGAACUCGGGAAAGCAAGUUACGUUGCAAUUUCGGAUACAUACGCUGAGUUCGUUCGGAGUGGGUUAAUCGUUCCUUUGAGAGGGACGGUGACCCGCUUGGAAGAACAGAACAUCGAGGAUACGCGCACUAGCCUGUCCGCGUCGAUCGUGGAUGCCAAUGGCACCAAGCCCCUAAAUGACGUGGUGGCAGUCAUUCACGCUACUGGGUUCCGUUGUCAUUCAGCUCUGACAUGGCUCGAUCCGGCUGUCCUAGCGGACCUCGAGUACAGCAAAGACUCCGAACGCCUUCCCCUCUUCCUGCAAGACCACGCCGUGUACAAUGACGUGGUUCCGAAUCUCGGCUUUGUAGGGUUUUACGAAGGUCCUUUUUGGGGCGUCAUGGAGAUGCAAGCAAGGCUUCUCGCGGACCGUUUCCUGGCCUUGCAACAGGAGAAGGCGCCAAAGCCAGGCAUGCUUGACCGGGCUGAGGAGCAUGCCAAGUUUGAGGAGCUCAGAGCUUCGAUUCACAAACAAGACAGGAAUGUGCCGCAAUUUUGGCAAGGGGAUUAUGUUGGUAUCGUGGAGGAUUAUGCCCAGUUCAUGGGAAUCGAAAGAGAAGACGAGGGUUUCGGUCUGAAUGGAGAUCCAAGUCCAUCUGUGCCAGCACGAUUUACUACCAAAACUCCGACCACAGCAUCGGACACCCAAGUCACACUUCAAAGUCUUCAUAACAUCCUCGAUAGAGACCUAGGCUCACCUGGCUCGUCCAGCCGGUUCCUCUCCUGCGCACUUUUCCGCGCUUUACAAGGCGACUGGCUGAUCCACCGCACUGUGACUUCCGCUUUACCUACCUUUCCUUCCGGCCUCCUUGAAGGCACCGCAACAUUCUACCCUCGCUCACCCUCUUCGGCCGGCUAUGCCGCUGAAUAUUUCUACGAAGAGAAGGGCACGUUACUUAUGACCAACGGCUACGAAGUCCAAGCAUCUCGACAGUACGCCUACCGCCUCAGCGACGGAGUGGGCCACCGCACCGAUGUCGCCUAUGGGGAGCUGGGCCCGGAAGCGGAACGCGGUAGCAGAGACGGUAUUACGGCGUGGUUCGUCAAAGAGGACCGCAGUGUGGAUUACCUGUUCCAUCGCGUGCGUUUGGAUGGUGCUCAGAAAGAUUCACAGGCGUUCUGCAACGCAACAGGAUCCCAUCUCUGCGUGAAGGAUACCUAUGAGACCGAAUACAAGUUCGAGUUCGAUGGGGUGAACGUGAAGCGGUUCAACAUCAAGUAUCACGUCAGCGGGCCGAGUAAAGAUUAUACCCACGACACUUGGUUUCAGCGGGCGCAAAAGGAGGGAGCCUGAUUUCGUCCGGGCUAUGUUUUGCGCUUUCGUUGAGACCGCUCAAUCCGCCGGAAGAUGAAGGACCGCUCAUCAAGACGUAAUUCGCAGCGAGCCGGAAAUGACGACAUUUAUGAAUUGGUCCAUAAUGAAGAGGUGUAUU